AUGGCGUCCUCAGAAGCGCAGAAUGGUCCCUCGGCUGACGCCCCAAAGAAGCAAAUCCUUCUCAAUGCGUUUGACAUGUUUACUGUCGGCCACCUGUCUUUCGGUCAGUGGCGAAACCCGAAAGACAGAGCCAAGGACAAGCGCCGGGACCUCACUUACUGGACCGACCUGGCCAAACUUCUCGACAAGGGCGGUUUUGUUGGACUGUUUCUUGCAGACACGUUCGGACCAUAUGACACCUUCAAGGGCAGUGCCGAACCCUCGGUGAGAACUGGUGCACAAUGGCCGAUGGCCGAUCCUGUUAUUCCUGUUUCUGCCAUGGCAGCGGUGACCAAGAACCUGGGAUUCGCGAUCACUACGUCGACCUCAUAUGAGCAGGCUUACGUCGUCGCAAAGCGAUUCAGUACUCUAGACCAUCUGACGAAAGGCCGUUUUGGCUGGAACAUCGUCACUAGUUGGAAAGAGUCUGCUUCAAAAGCGGUUGGGUUGCCAUUAGUUGAGCAUGACACGCGCUAUUCUAAUGCGGACGAGUAUCUUCGUGUUUUAUAUAAACUUUGGGAGGGUUCAUGGUCAGACACUGCUCUCAAACAAGAUGCAGAGAACGGAAUCUACUCGGAUUACUCACAAAUUCGGCCAAUUCACCACCACGGAAAGUUUCACGUCGAUGCGCCUUUCCUGACCGACCCGUCUCCUCAACGCACGCCAGUCUUGUUCCAAGCUGGAACAUCUCCUGCUGGCAUCAAGUUCGGCUCAACCCACGCCGAGGGCAUUUUCGUGGCUGGUCUCUCCCCCCACGUAGUUGCUCCCAGAGUGAAGGCUAUCCGCGAAGGAGCCAUCGCCGCUGGCCGCGACCCGUACUCUGUCAAAGUGUUCGCAAUGAUCACGCCAAUCAUUGGAAAAGAUGAAGAAGAUGCCAAACGCAAGUACGAAGAAGCGCUCAAGUAUGUUCUCAUCGAGGGCGGCCUCGCGCAAUUCUCAGCCAGCACGGGCAUCGACGUUUCCAAGUUUGACCUGGACCACGAGCUCACCGAGAAAGAUGUCGCAAGCCAUCUUCAAAGAAUUCAUUCAUCGCUUUACAACCUGCGCUAUCGAGGAGGGGAUGUUCCCAAGCUAACGCCGCGCAACCUCGGAACUGUGACUGCGAUCGGCGGCAAUGGUGCGAUGCCUGUUGGAAUGGCCAGCCAGGUUGCUGAUGUCUUCCAAGAAUGGGUUGAUAUUGCGGAUGUCGAUGGCUUCAACAUUGGCUAUGUGAUUACGCCGGGUAGCUUCGAAGAUGCUGUGGAAUAUCUUGUUCCUGAGUUGAGGCGCCGGGGCUUACUUCCGGACGCGAUCCCCGAGGACGCACCUGCACCAACCUUCAGAGAGCAGAUUUAUGGUCUGGGGCAAAAGGGGUUGAGAUCUGAUCAUCCCGGCUACAAGUACAAGUAUGACACAUAUGAAAAGACGAUUGCCGAGGAAGAGGCAGCAGCACUUGCAGCAAAGAAUCAGCACGUCUGA